GCCAUAAUAUUAGAGACCGUCGUAAUAGUAUGUAAAGGCCAGAUUUUAAUAGCACAAUAGACUGCAUUCACCAGAGUAACUUAAGAAGGAACUACGCAGCCAACCUAUAGUUGUUUUAGUUGAUAAAUCUCAGAUUUGUAGGCUAUUUGUUUUUGCCACCAUCCCCAGAUAGCUGAGUUACACGAAGACAGUUCCUGUGACGUUGAUGACGCGUCACGCACAUUGGCGCGGAAGUUUGUUUUGUAAAAUCUGUCUGUGGUCGUUGUCUGUAGGUUUUUCUCUGUUAAAAAUGAUGCGCAAAAAGCGACGCACCUCGGUGGAUAACGUUACAAGAGGAUCAGCAACCACUAAGGCAAUGAAGAGUCGCAGCUCUGGUCCCCAGCCUAAAGAAGGAGUUGCAGAAGCAACAAAUCAAAGUGUAUUCACUCUAUUUCUGAGAGAAGCAGGUGUUACUCUGAAACAAGUUGGCUCAUCCAAUGAGAUUGCUGUUGAUCAAGUAGUUUUCCAAAAAAGGAUACAGAAGCUAUUACAGAAGAGUCCCAGGUACCCUGGAAUUGUACAGGAAUUCAUCACUGGACUGGAGGCUCAUAUUGAGGACCCUGUGACAUUUAGGAACUGCCUCCUUCCAUGUGUUCCACAGAUGUCUGAUGGAGACUCCAGUUCUGUCAGCUCAUUCCAGGAAAGUCUGCUGCGUAUGCUGCUGGGGAUCGAGAUGCUGCAGACUUGUAUCAUUAACACCUUGCUUGAGAAACUUCCUGAAUUUAUGUUGGAUGGUACUGGAGAGGGAGGACUCAGUAUUCCACGCAUUAUAAUUAACCAGCUCAAAUGGCUCGACAGAAUUGUGGACAGCAAGGAGCUGGCAGCUAAGCUCAUGGAGCUGGUGUCAGUGGCUCCCUUGGAGGUUCAGCGUGACAUCAUCACCAGUCUGCCAGAGAUACUGGAAGACUCCCAGCACAGUGACAUAGCCAGCCAGCUCAACUCUUUACUUAAGGAGAACACUCAGUUGACUGUCCCCAUUCUGGAUGCCCUUUCCAGUCUGAACCUUAGCUCCUCAUUACUGACUGAGAUUCGGGGAGCAGUUAUGGCCACGUUGGCUGCUGUACAAUUGGAGGACCUACCUGUGGUCGUCAAGUUCAUCCUCCACUCUGUCUCAGCCUCUGAUGCAUAUGAGGUGGUGUGUAAUCUUCGUAAGAAGCUGGAGCUGGAGCAGUGCGUUCUUCCUCCAGUGCUGCAGGCCUCUCAGAGCCGCAUGAAGAGCAAAGGGGCAGCAGUGUCGGCUUCCACACCAGCAGCUGGCAGCAGCCAGGACAGCAUUGCGUUGAUAUUGGAUGCCAUCAAGUCAGCAGUGCGGUUUCAGAAAACAAUUUCUGAGGCUUGGCUGAAGGCAAUAGAGUCUGUGGAUGAAGCAGAUGACCAUAAGGUAAUAGAUCUACUGGUGCUGUUCAUCCUUCACUCUACCAAUGCUAACCAGUGCCGACGGGGAGCAGAGAGGCUGCUGAAAGUCAAAGUGAGGACUGGACUGAUCCAGGAGGCUCUGCUACAGAGGACCUUCAGGGAUUAUUCUCAGGUAAUGCGAGGGUAUUUCCCCUCCAUCCUGGCUCUGGCUCAGUGCUUGUUGCGCUCCCCUGACCCCUGUGUGGUGCCUUUUGGUGGACACAUGUACAGACAGACAUUCAGUGCUUUUGAUUCUUACUGCCAACAGGAGGUGGUGGGCUCUUUAGUGACCCAUGUGUGCAGUGGGUUGGGUGGGGAGGUGGACAUGGCUCUGGUGCUGCUCUGUGGCCUGGUCACAGAAAAACCAUCUGAAAUGGCCAUGUAUACUGUUUUUGUCAAGGGAAUCUUGGACUACAUGGACAACCUCACUCCCCAGCAGAUCCGCCAACUCUUCCAGCUCCUGAGCAGGUUGGCCUUUGGACAGCAGCAGCAGGGGUCUCACAUCCAGGAUGACAUGCACAUUGUGAUCCGCAAACAGCUCUCCAGCACUGUGCCCAAGUACAAGCGUAUUGGCAUAAUUGGUGCCGUCCAGAUCAUAGGCAGCAUGGGCGCCUUGAGGCCUAAAGUGAAUGAUUCAACGAAUGGCUCAUUACCCCAGGAGAUGUUCAGACAGGUGACCGCCCUGCUGGAGCUGGUGAAGUCGAGCAGUGAAAAUUCACCUGAGGCUACAGCUCUAUACUAUGACGAACUGGCCAGCCUGAUCCUGACCUCUACCCUGGACCCACAGGUGCAGGAAAUGAUUGGAAAGACUGUUCUAGAUGAUUUUCAGGACGACUUUGUUGUUGAUAUGGGGCCAGAAAUAACAGGUUCCUUCCCCUUUCCGGCCUGUGUGAUGUACAACUUGGAUGAGGAGGAGAGUCAGGGAAGCAUUGCCGUCAACCUGCUGCCUCUGCUGGCCAAAGACAUCCAGAACAAAGCAGAGCAGCACAGUCAAACCAAGAAGGCACACAAGCGAGUGUCUCCUCUCUGUCUGUCUCCAUUUUUUCGCCUCCUGAGAAUGUGUGAGGAGAAGCAACAUCAAGGUGACCUAGAGGAGAUUGAUGCCCUGCUGGGCUGCCCUCUGAUCCUAAUAGACAUGGACAUAGUAGAGAAAACAGAGAGCCUGUCAAAACCUGAGAGGGAGUUCCUCUGUACGUUGCUCUUUCACACCAUCAACUGGUUCAGAGAGGUCAUAAAUGCAUUUUGUAAGCAAACAGAAAUUGAGAUGAAGAUGAAAGUGAUCACUCGUCUGCAGAACAUCACCUACCUUCAGACGCUGCUGGAGAAGGCUUUGGCUGCAACACCCGGCUAUGUUCCGCCUCUUGCUAACUUCGAUGGCAAUGGCACAGAUGGAGUUGUACUUGGUUCCAUUGCUCCGGUGAAUAAGGCAAAGAAAGGGAAGAAAAGGAAGGCUCUUGGAAAGAAUUCCUCAGAAAGCAGCUCUCAGCUUGAGGAGGUGACUGAAGCAGAUGAAACUCAGCAGGAGCAGUCAGAGAAGGAGAAGGUAAAGGAGAUACAGCAAGGUGUCAGCCUGGUGUCCUACAGACAGUUUUUUAGGGAGCUGGACAUGGAGGUGCUUAAUGUGCUGCAGUGUGGCUUACUGUCUCGCUCACUGCUGGACACCGAACUCCACACUAAGGGGAGAGAAGAGGCUCUGCUUGGUCCUGCUGAGCUGGUUUUCCUGUUGGAGGAUAUGCUUCGCAAGCUGGACUUCAGUCUUACAGCUGCCCCUGCCAAGAAAGCCCCUUUUCUUAAGGGAAGGAUUAAUAAAAGUGUGGGCUUCUCACACCUACAACAAAGGAGCUCCAUAGAUGUCGCUUCCUGCUGUGUCCAGCUGCUGCCUGCCCUGUGCUCACACCUGGAAAAUUGCCACAACAAUUUUCAGACACUGCUCUCUGAGAAUAAUGGUGUUGUGGAUGGACCUGCCACAGACCUGCAGGCGCACCUAUUGAUGUCAUCAACCUACCAGCUGCUUCUGCAGGUCCUGAACACCACCUUCAGUUGGUCUGGAUUCAGUCAGCCAGGUCAUCGGAGCUUACUGAAGAAAGGUCUGGGAGUUUUGGCAGGACGACUUAAAGAAGGAGGUGCUGAGUUGACCCUGGAGCAGCUUGUAAAACACAGCUUUGAGUACCUCCUGAACUUCCGCAGCACAGUGCCAAGUCUCAGUACAGCGCUGUCUCUCUCCCAGCUUGUGUCCACUGUGUCGGAGAGAGGAGGGAAUCCCACUGCUUACAGAGAGCAGACCGCUUCUCUAGCAAAACAUUUCCUGAGCCAAAACUGGGUGACAGCCAGCGGAGAGAAGGAGCGAGGGAACAAAUUCAAUGAAGCACUUCACACUCUCCUAAGCAUUUACCUGGAGCAUGUUGAUGAUAUUCUGAAGGCAGUGGAGGAAAUAGCUGGAGAAGGAAUCCCUGAGCUGCUCAACGCAUCAAAGGAUGAAAGUUCAGCGUCAUGGCCCACGCUCAACAGUCCAGAGCCAGAGAGAUUUCCAUGCAUAUACCCUGUGAAGAAGCUCAGUGUGGCUCAGAGUGAGAAGCUGCUGACGUGGAACCUGGCUGUCAGAGACUUUCACAUCCUGGUCAACCUAGUCAAGGUGUUUGAUUCUAGGCCAGUGCUUAAUGUGUGCCUUAAGUAUGGCCGUCUGUUCUUGGAGUCUUUCCUGAAGCUGGGGAUGCCACUGCUGGACUACAGUUUUAAAAGGCACAAGGAGGAUGUCCAGAGCCUACUGAAGACCUUCCAGCUCAGCACCAGGCAGCUCCAUCACCUGUGUGGACAUUCUAAGAUUCACCAGGAUACAAGCCUGACCAACCACGUCCCGGCCAUAAAGAAGAGCCUUGAGCUGUUUGUGUACAGAGUGAAGGCCAUGCUGACGCUCAACAACUGUCAGGAGGCAUUUUGGAUGGGUAACCUGAAGAAUCGCAACCUGAAGGGUGAAGAGAUUCUGUCUCAGAAGGCGCAAGAAAGUGAUGAUGAUGAUGAUGAUGAUGAGGAAGAGGAGGAGCGACAGUCACCACAACAGUCAGAGGAUGAGGCCCAGGAGAGUGACUCUGACCAAAGUAAGCAGAUGAACAGAGAGGAAGAUAUAGAUAAAGACGGCAUUAUAGAUGACUCUGAGUAACUACCAGAAUGAGAAACUGUUGGCUUUGAUUUAGAAGUUUUGAAUGUUUCGGAUUUUGUUGUUUUUACCACUACUCAGUCAACAAUGUGGAGAUAUAUAAUCAGGUGUUUCCACAGUCAGUAUCGUUCUGAAAAAGAGUAUGUUUUAUUGUAUUUUUUAUUUAACUAGGUUAAAUCUCUUUGAGGUUAGUAGCAAAGGGAGAUCUGGCCUAGAUGCCUGAUAAAGCAUUUUUCAGGUUUCAGAUGGGACAAUACAACUGUCAUGGGAAUUAUAAUAGGAGAUUUCAUUAAAUGAUAUUUACUUGGACAAUAAAAACAGAAAAUAAUAAA